UCGCGUCCUUUUGUUCCGGGGCCGCAGGGCGGGGCAGGCCCAACGUUUGCUGUCUCCUAGUCUAGUCUCCAGAACGGCCAUGAUUUCCCAGUUCUUCAUUCUGUCCUCCAAGGGGGACCCGCUCAUCUACAAGGACUUCCGCGGAGACAGCGGCGGCCGGGAUGUGGCCGAGCUCUUCUACCGGAAGCUGACGGGACUGCCUGGAGACGAGUCUCCGGUUGUCAUGCACCACGAUGAUCGUCACUUUAUUCACAUCAGACACAGCGGUCUCUAUUUGGUGGCCACUACUUCAGAAAACAUUUCUCCCUUCAGCCUCCUGGAGCUGCUCUCCCGGCUGGCCACUCUUCUGGGUGAUUACUGUGGCUCCCUAGGGGAGGCGACCAUCUCUCGAAACGUGGCUCUGGUCUACGAACUCCUGGAUGAAGUGCUGGACUAUGGCUACGUACAGACCACAUCCACGGAGGUGCUGAGGAACUUUAUCCAGACAGAGGCUGUGGUCAGCAAACCCUUCAGCCUCUUUGAUCUCAGCAGCGUUGGCUUGUUUGGGGCCGAGACACAACAGAGCAAAGUGGCCCCCAGCAGUGCAGCCAGCCGGCCAGUCCUGUCCAGCCGCUCUGACCAGAGCCAAAAGAACGAAGUGUUUUUGGACGUUGUCGAGAGAUUAUCUGUACUGAUAGCCUCUAACGGCUCGCUGCUCAAGGUGGAUGUGCAGGGAGAGAUCCGGCUCAAGAGCUUUCUGCCCAGCGGCUCAGAGAUGCGCAUCGGCUUGACCGAGGAGUUUUGUGUGGGGAAGUCCGAACUGAGAGGCUAUGGGCCGGGAAUUCGGGUGGAUGAGGUCUCCUUUCACAGUUCGGUAUACCUGGAUGAGUUUGAAUCUCAUCGGAUCCUCCGUCUGCAGCCCCCUCAGGGUGAGCUGACUGUGAUGAGGUACCAACUCUCAGAUGACCUCCCUUCCCCGCUCCCCUUCCGGCUCUUUCCCUCUGUGCAGUGGGACCGAGGCUCAGGCAGGGUCCAGGUUUAUCUGAAGUUACGUUGUGACCUGCCCCCAAAGAGCCAGGCUCUGAACGUCAGGUUGCAUCUUCCCCUGCCUCGAGGGGUGGUCAGCCUGUCUCAGGAGCUGAGCAGCCCAGAGCAGAAGGCAGAACUGGGGGAGGGAGCCCUUCGCUGGGACCUGCCUCGAGUGCAAGGAGGCUCUCAGCUUUCAGGCCUUUUCCAGAUGGACGUCCCGGGCCUCCCUGGGCCUCCUGGCCAAGGCCCCUCCGCCUCGGCUCCUCUGGGGCUGGGCCCCGCCAGCCUCUCCUUUGAACUGCCCCGGCACACGUGCUCCGGCCUCCAGGUCCGCUUCCUCAGGCUGGCAUUCAGACCCUGCGGCAACGCCAACCCCCACAAAUGGGUGCGACACCUAAGCCACAGCGACGCCUACGUCAUUCGGAUCUGAGGCUCCCAAACAAGGACCCGGGAGGCAGAGGUGGCGGUCAGGGCAUCGGAGAAGGACGAUGUUUUCUCUCCUAGUGUCCUGGCCUGGGGCUGGGGCUGGAAGAGUCCUGAGUCCUCGAGACCAGGGAGCUUGACAAGUUAGACUCUCCUGUGGGACCUGACUCAGGGGCGACUGAAGUGGAUCACAAUUUAAAAAUCAAACUUUUAUUCUGAGCAACUGGCUGUACAAUAUCUAAAGAGACAGUCACAUGGAGGGAAGCUGG